AUGGAUGUAGUUAGAGAAGAACAAGCUGCCUUCAGAGAGGAGAUGGACUCUGUCAAAAGCAAGAUCGAGCAGAUCUUUGAGGCUAUACAAGCUCUGGCUAGAAGGGAAGAAGAGGCUCGUGUUGCCGCUGCUGCAAGGAACGAUGCUCUAGUUCAAGGGGUUGCUCUUCAGUCAGGACCUUCAGUUCCUAUUCCAAAUCCCGUUAUCUACGGUCUUCCUCCAGGCUUUGUUCCACCUCCUGAAAGAAAUCAUGUGCCUCCACCUGCGCAUACUUCUGGAGUAGCUGAUGGAGUCGCUGUGCAAGGACCUCCGAUAGUCAAUCAAGUAGUCAUGCCCCGCACUGAUGAAGAGCUCCAGGACGAGUUUGAAAUGCAGAAUUACAAUGGAGCUACUCCAGUGGUCAUCCCUACUGCUGCCCAAGAUUCUGAGGCUAUCUUGAUGUGUCGUGCUCUGGCCGAAAAGCUAACAAUCUUGGAAGGACAUAACUCAACCCGUUUAAGUGCCUUGGAGAUGUGUCUAGUCCCAGACGUGGGCCAAUAUUAUGAAAGAUUGAUCAGUAGUGUGUCCACAGGAUUUUCUGACAUGGUGACCGUGGGAGAAAGAGUAGAAGAAGGGCUGAAGAGUGGUAAAAUCCAGGGAGGUUCCAGCAGUCAACCAAUCUUGAAGAAGCCUUUCAAAGGAUUCAAGAGGAAGGAGGGUGAGACUAGUGCCAUUUCUUCUCAGAGGGGGAGGGCACCAUACAAAGCUCCUGCUUCUGUGCCUUAUUAUCAGUACCCUUACGUAGCGGCUGCUCAAUAUCCAACCACGCCUUACCGUCCAAUUGCUCAUGUUCCUAUUCCAGCUCCGGUACCUCACUAUCAAGUUCCAGUUCCUCAAUAUCAAGCUCCACAACCUCUGUUCCAGGCUCCUCCACCUCAACAUCAACAGAGAAAUCAACAGAAUAAUCAACCACGUCCAGUUCAGCAGCAACGACCAAAUCAACAAAGGCCAUAUCAACAGUACAAUAAUGUGUAUACCACUCCUAUCCCAAUGACUUACACUAAAUUGCUACCGUAUCUGAUUCAGAAUGGGACUGUCGUGCCAAGGGAAUUACCUCCAAUGUCGAAGCCGCAUAAGCCUUGGUAUGAUGAGAAUGCUAGAUGUGCCUUUCAUGCUAAUUCAGAGGGUCAUACAACAGAGAAUUGCAAGGUGUUCAAGCUUCGGGUCCAAGAGUUAAUAGAUCAGAAAGUAUUAUCUUUUGCUGAUGUUCCAAAUGUGGGGAACAAUCCUUUGCCUAAACAUGAUAGUUCAGGUGUCAAUGCUAUAGAAAGUUCAACUGAUGAUGGAUUGAUAAAGGAUAUGUUCAAGCUGAAGACUCUUUUAACAGUGGUCCAUGCUAGAUUGAUGGAAGCAGAAUUGAUGAAUGGGGUACAUGAUAAUUGUGUGGUGUGUUCGUCCAACCCUGAUCAGUAUGGUGAAUUCAAAAUUUAUCUUCAACAGUUGAUGGAUCAGCGGGUUAUUCAGUUCACCAGAGCAAAGAUUGAUGAGGAUGUUGCUGUGAUUGUGCCUGUGUUUGAUCAAGAGAGGCUUCCCAAGCCUUUUGUCGUCCCUUAUCAGAGAAAUGCUGACCUAGAGCCAGUGAAGAAUAUUGAGCCCAUGGUUAUCUAUGUUCCCGCUCCAUUCUUUUUUGACAGUACCAAAGCAGUGCCUUGGAACUAUGAGCCUGUAGUUUAUGUGGGUAACAAACCAGUAAUCUUGAAAGAGCCAGAUGUGACUAACAUCGUUGGAACUAGUGGUGUGACUCGAAGUGGAAGGGUUUUCGCUCCUGAAGUGAUCCCAAACAAAGAAAGUGCACCAACAAUUGAACCAACGAAGGGGAAAGAGGUGAAUCCUCUAGAAGCAGGAGAAGGCUCAUCUAAGAAAGCAGUGACUGCUGAAGAGGAUAGAGAAUUCUUGAAAAUCAUUAAGAAGACUUAUGUGGCAGAAGACAUCAGUGUUAUUCAGUUUGAUAAUGUGGUUUCUAAUCUCAAUUCUAGUAGUUGUUUGAUGUUCACUGAUGAUGAUUUACCCCCUAAUGGGCGAGAACAUAAUAUGGCGCUUCAUAUCUCCAUUCAGUGUACAGAUGUCACUUUGGCUCGAGUACUGGUAGAUACAGGGGUGCAGAUGAGACCCAGUGCUUUGAUAGUGAAAGCUUUUGAUGGGUCUAAGCGAACAGUUAUUGGGGAGAUUGACCUCCCAAUCCUGAUUGGCCCUCAAACUUUCCGUAUUCCCUUCCAGGUAAUGAAUAUUAGGCCUGCAUAUAGUUGUCUGUUAGGUAGACCUUGGAUCCAUGCUACUGAAGCUGUCACCUCGACACUUCACCAAAAGCUGAAGUUUGUUACUUCUGGUAAGCUGGUAUCAGUAUCCGAAGAGGAAGAUAUUUUCGUCAGCCAUUUGACUUCUUUCAGAUACAUUGAAGUAGGUGAAGACAUUGUUGAAACUCCUCUCCAAGCCCUUGAAGUGGUCAACAUGGUCCAGACUAAGCUGAAGCCAGUUGAAGAACCCAAGGGGGUCAUGCCCUCGUGGAAGAGUGUGAAAGCUGCAAUUGAAGUUGGUUGCCCUGGAAGUUGGGGCACAUUGAUUGAAUUACCAGAGAAGAAAGACAAGUGUGGGUUAGGAUAUCAGCCGUCUAUUGAACUUUUCAAAGAUCAGAAGAUACAUCAGGGGAAGGUUCCUAGCAUCCAGGAAAUAUUCUCCAAAGUUGGUUUCCGAAGUGAUGAUCAAGUGAAUGCUCUUGAAGAUGAAGAUCCAGAUUUGUCUAGGAUGGUGUUUUGUGGACCCCCGGAUGCCGCUCUCACUAACUGGAAGGCAACAGAUGUUCCGGAUAUAGUUUCUUGUUCAAAGUAA